GCCUCGGCCUACUCGCCUGGGGACACAGCGAGGAACAGGAGAGGCCUCGGUGCUCUGCAAGCGCUGCCCAGCGCCAGCUGAAACGCUGCUGUGUUUUCAACACUGCCUGCUCACAAAUGCCAAACACAGCACCAAGCGGGCUGCGGGGUCUCUCCCUGACCCCCCCCGCCCAGCCCCUGCAGCUCUGUCUGUGACGUCACAGCCGUGACAUCACAGGGCCGUGCAGGGCCAAGCCUCUCUGAGCUCGGGCACUCUGGGCCAUUAGCUGUGGGCCUGUGAGGAGCUCGCAGUGUGCUGGUGGUUCUGUGCCUGUGGCGGGCAUUCUCCCAGCUGUCUCCAGGAGGACUUCUGACCGGACAGGCACAGAAGCUUGCUGGAGAGCAUCCCUUCUCCCCAGGAUGGGGAAGAGAAAGGCUCCUCGUGGAGCACAACGGGCUGCCCUGGUGAGGCGAGGAGGCAGGAGGAGCCCGGGCACCAGACGGCGAGGGCCUGCGCGCCGCGGUGCUGCGGUAAAGGAAGGCAAGUUUGGCGCUGCCUUUCACCCCAUCUUUGCACCAAGCCUGCCUGGCUCGGCCGGGCCCGACAGCCCUGCAGAACCUGCGUCCUCCUGCCCCAAAGGAGGCCUGGGGCCACCUCGGCUGUGUGACGAUGACAGAGCUGGCCGUCACGUCUGUGUCUUUCUGGGAUGCUCUAGAAACUGUGGAGUAACCCAGGACUCGUGCCAUCCUCCUUCUCCAGGCCCACUCUCAGUGCCCUGCCUGCGAGGGGACCCUGCCCAGCCCUCCGCACGCCCUGGGCCAGGUUGACACACAGCUGCCCCACUCGAUAGGGCAUAACCACGACCCUGGCCCUGCCCCUGCCCCAGGGAGCGAGGCCAUAGGACCAGCGCCCACCUCCCUGCAGGGAUCUGGCACGUGCUGGACCAGUGUCCUCCAGAAGAGUCCUCAGACUUUUCUCUGUUUUCUUUGCCCAGGCUUGGUCCUCAGUCUGGUGAUGGCUGUGGUCUCCCUCCAGAGACGCCUCAGCCCCGGAAUCUCCACCGUGUGAGUACAAUACGUGUCCGGCAUGGACACACAGACGAAGGGUGCCAGCGGGUCAAGGCGAGCAAGGGGAGGCUGGCAGUGGUCCCCACCAGGAGACCCUGGCUCCUCCCACAUUACUGCUCCUCAGCUGGUAAGAGAAAAUCCCCCAUGCGCAGGGCACUGCUCUUGAGCACUGCUAACACCAGGACUCCCUCUUCUAUUCAGGAAAGAGAUCAUCACCUUGAAAAAGAAGAGGCUCUUCACGAUCCUCGUCUUGAUGCUCGCAGGCGCUCUAGCUGGUGUUUGCUGCGGGAGCUUGAUGCUCAUGUUGAGGCUGUGGACACAGGAUGCGCCGCAGGUGCUGCUGGGGCAGCCUGCCGCCGACCUGCUCUCCCUGCGGAACACGAUGGCUCUGGGCGGGGAACAAUCCCAAGAGAUGAAACAGCUGAGAGAUGAGCUGGUGCGCCUGGCUGCAGAGAUCAGCGCUACAAUGAAGGAAGUUCAGCAAAUGAGAGACGCAAUGUCUGCAACCACGCAGUUGUCUGACUGGGCUCUGAAAAGUGCAGGGGCUGCCAUUGACCUGCAGAGAUCGUCCAGCAGAUGCACAGGGUUCAGCAGUGUCUUUUGGUUCCUGUGUGAUCCACCAGAGCUGGGUACCUUUGUGCAGUCGGAUACAUCCCCGGGAUACUGCUGGCCUUUCCAAGGGUCUCAGAGCGAGGUGCUAAUCCGGUUGCCCAUGCCAAUACAACCGACGACCGUCACCAUCCAGCACACCUCAAAGGCAGCCUCUCCGCUGGGCACCGUCAGCAGCGCCCCCCGAGAUUUCACUGUCUCUGGACUGGCUGAGGAAGGCAAAGAGGAAACUCUGCUGGGGACCUUCACUUACAACGUGCAGAAAGAACCGACCCAGACCUUCCCUCUGCAGAAUGGGAACCCCAGAGCCUUCCAGCUUUUGAAGCUCGGCAUACGGAGCAACUGGGGAAAACGAGGAUACACAUGCAUUUAUCGAGUGCAGGUGCAUGGGAAGAUCGUGGGAGCAAGUGCUGACCACCAGACACAUGUGGACACCUUACCUGAAUAGUUAUUAAAGAGUUAGAUGGAGAAACAGGCCAGAGGGUUGUGGCUGUUGGUCUGCUGCAGGGCAAUGUCAUAUCAGAGGCCCUCUCCAAGCUGCCAAGUUCUGCCUCGUGCAGGCUGAGGCCUUCCUCAGGCUUUCCACUUUCCCUCCGCUUCAGGGACGCUUCCUAACUAAGCAAAAGGAGGUGAUGCUCC